AAUUUUCUUUCUCUCUUUUCCAAAAUAAGGAAAGCUCCACUCUUUUCCGCAACCUCCACGAUCUGAGUAAGUCCAUCGUUCUCGAUCUUUUCCUGCUUCCGAUUCACCAUUGGGUUUGAUCGCGCGAAGCAUCGCUGUUCAUGAUCCCGGGUUGUGUUUUUACCUUUCGAGUUCGCGGUCUGUUUGCUGGGCUUUAUUCAAUCUCUCCCUGUUUUCGAAAGAAGAGUAAAGUAUGUCUGCGUUUCUCGAGUUACUGCAAUGCGUCCUCUGCUGUGAAGAGGAAAGCGUUUAUGAGUAUCGCCAAGCUCAGAGAAAUCUUGGGCAUGACGGUCCUCCUCUUCUCGAUCGAAUUCGAAGCGCCUUUGGUUUAUUGCCCACACAUCAUCAUCAAGAACAUGAAUCUCAGCAAUCAGAGACUUCACGGUCACUGCUCUGGAAUACCCACGAGCCAUCACCUCUCAAAUUCACGCCUGUUUCCUCAUCAUCCUCCCCUUGCCAUGUUGUUGUGCACAAUCCAAUGACCAGAGACCCAAUCAGGCCUAGAAAUGAGCCAAAUCUGACCAGGACUGUUGGUGGCUCAACCCAGUCUUCUCAUGUCACAUCUCCUUUCAAAGCAGUCCCUUCAGCUUCUCCGAAACCAUCCCCUUCUGUAUCAAAGCCGUCGACCGCCUCUUCUAGGGAUCCGUUUGUUUCCCCGGCCAAACCGGCGGCCGUUUCAGCUCACUCGAAUCAGUAUGUGUUUAAGUCAUCUCCAUCUUCGGAUGAGCCGUCUUUAUCUCGCUUGCUACAUCCUUCUCUUUCGAAAACAUCCUCACCAACUCCAUCUCCAUUCAAAGCGGUACCUUCGGCUUCUCCUAAACCAUCCCCUUCUGUAUCAAAGCCCUCAACCGCCACUUCUAGUGAUCCAUUUGUUUCGGGGACCAAACUGCCACCAAUUUCCACUCACUCGAAUCAAAAUGUAGCAAAACUCCCUCGGCCUUCCGAUGAGCCGUCUCCAUCUCGUGUGCAGUCUCCUUCUUCAUCGAAAACAACCUUGCAUACCCCAAAGGCGCAAGAAGGUUCUGCUCAACAAUAUAAGCCACUCUUACAUGCAGUUGCCCCACUUUCUCAAAAUACGCAAAAGGAGACUGUUUAUGUUCAGGAAGAUACUUCCCCUAUUUACAACAUCCCCAAGGAUAUCGAAGAUUUGAUAAAGCGAGACACUGUGCCAGGGGUUCUCCGGAAACCACUAUCUCCAUCCACCUAUAGGGAUUAUUUUGCAGCUCUUCUAUAUGCGGAGGACUUCUAUAUUGAGAAAUGGACUGAUUUCAUUAUUAAGGAUGUCAUGUUGGAGCUGGAACAAUCGACUGUUUACAAGAAUGCACGGGAGAAUGAUUGCUUCAGUGAGAAAGAUUGUGUAAGUUUUGUCAAAUUCAAGAUGGAAUCAAUACCAGAGCGUCGACCAUUCCUUCUAUCGAGAGAUUUUGUUUUUGCAAAGCCCCUCUAUAAGAAAGAUACACAGUAUCAGGGUUUUGUGUAUCGAGUGAAGAAGGGGUCUGUCGUCUUAGCAGAGUUUGGCGAUGAUUUUCACUCCCAGCAUCAUUCUAGCAGCAGAUACAACAUCAGCUUUUCUUUCAAUAGAGUUUGCUUGAAGAGAGCUCAUCAAGCAGUUGAAACCGCCGCCGCUGUUCCUUCGUUCCGCAACUUCCUUUUCCCCAAAUGUACAUUCAGACAUAAUUUGUUUGCCUUGCCAUCUCUCUAUUUUUCAAAUGACGUGCUUUACUCGGAGCAGAGAUCCGCAAUCCGUCAGAUUCUAACUCUCAAAGGUUCAGCACCAUUUCUCAUUGAGGGUCCUCUUUGUACACGGGGCCUAGGCCUAUCAAGGACUGGAGCAGUGGUUAGGGAAGCUGUGUCGCAAGUAUACCAACGCUCUAAAGAUACUAGGAUUCUUGUGUCUGCACCUAUAAACAAAACGUGCGAUAUUCUGAUGAGAAGCUUGAAGCAGGAUAUCCCAGAUUCCGAAAUAUUUCGAGCAAAUGCUGCAUUCCGUGAGAAAGAUGGCGUGCCUGUUGACAUUCUCCCUUCAUGUCUUUAUAGAAAGAAAAGCGAGUGUUUCGCUUGUCCUCCCCUCCCGGAACUCCAAAGAUUCAAGGUAAUAUUUUCGACUUUUGUGAGUAGCUUCAGGCUACACAAUGAAGGCAUCAACGCGGGACACUUCAGUCAUAUUUUCCUCGUCGAUGCAUCAUCCACAUCCGAACCAGAGGCAAUGAUUGUGCUAGCUAAUUUGGCCAACGAGGAUACAACUGUUGUAGUCACCGGCGCGCAGGGAAAUCGCUCAAGGUGGGUGCGAUCCCCAAUUGCUCAGAAGAAUGGUCUCUGGAGAUCAUACUUUGAGAGGCUCAAAGAAUUUACACCGUACAAGAACCUCGACCCUGCAUUCAUCGCCCAAUUGGACCCUGAGCCGGAAUCAGAUGAAACUAGCAGCUAUUGAGUAUCAGUUGCUGUUGUAUAUAAGCUCUGGCUACUUAACAAUGCACUUGAUGUGCUUUGUUUUCUCAUUUCCAUGUUUGAGCUGAGUUGCAAGAGAAAGGGAUGAAAAUUAUGUUGGUAUCAGUAUGUAUGCAAUUUGCCCUUAAUAAAUCGAGCAGUUGGUUUUCUGUUUGUAA